AUGAUUCAAAAACCUUGGACGCUAGAUGCCAGAACCUAUGAUCGCAUCAACAAGCUUCCACCCGCUCAGCGGCCAUAUGGUCUUUUGUCGUAUCAACACUUUGCCUAUAACUCUUUCAAGGUGCCCUGCUUCACCGCGUUUGUGAUCUAUGGUCUUUUUCUCCUAUUGAUUAUGGCCGCUGGUGCCAACAGCUUGAUGGCAUGGGGAGUGCCAUCCCUUCACCUGAAGAUCAAGCAAAGGCUGCGACUUGUACGCGCCUAUGUGUUUGAACAUCCGCUCGUCAAACGUAAACACGCUUCGGUCGUGGCUUUUCCCUUCCUGAAAUGGCUUACACUCCAACUUCCUUUACGAGGCGAGGCCUUGAUCGUUUUACUGCUUUCGCUCAUCAAUUUUCUGCCACUCGUUGCCUUCUACGACCUGUAUCUGGGCAACAAUCAGAUCUACAAAGGGCCUACAAGCAAGCGUGAUCAAAUUUGCCGUCACUUAGCCGAUCGAACUGCAGUGCUUGGCACUUCACAACUUCCCUUGCUCAUUCUCAUGGCAAGCAAAAGGACGCCGUUGGCAAUCAUGUCUGGACUCAGCAUGAACAGUUUGAUGCUUUACCACCGAUGGAUUGCCAGGUGGUUCUGGCUGCACAUCCUUAUCCACGCGUGCGCAUACACCGCGAUCUACGUUCGAAGACAUCGCUUGUCAGAGGUGUUAGAGGAGACUUACAUCAUUUGGGGUAUCGUAGGUCUUAGCAUGAUGUCUGGUCUCAUCUUCUUGUCUCUCCGUGCUCUGCGUCAGCGCUCAUACGAAAUCUUUGUGAUGCUGCACAUAGCUAUGGCUUUCUUUGCUGUGCUCGGAACUUACCUUCAUAUCGCUUUGAUUGAGUCUCCAAAGUUCCAAAUUUUCAAAGUCCUGACCGAGAUUUCAGCCGCAAUGUGGGCUUUCGACCGCGUUGUCCGCUUCGCUGUUCGAAUCUGGCUAUCCUUUUCUUCGCCUCGUCUGGCCGCUUCUAGCACUUCGCCCGGAACUAGCUUGAUCAAAUGUGCCACAGCGCAGGUUCGCACGUACGGCUCAGGGUCGGAGUACUCGCGACUUCGAAUCUUUGUUCCAUCGAGCAAACUUCGACUUGAAAAUCAGCAAAGCGGGUUAGGAGGUAUCGUUGGUAUCGCUGGAGGCGAUGACAUUCGAAUCACAAUUCCACGCUUGCAGUGGGUUGGCGAGCAUCCUUUCACUGUUUUCGGCGUCGGUACUCUUCCAGAGAAUCCAGCUCAAGGCUACAUCGAUCUCCUCAUCAAGACUGAAGCCGGACUCACACGCAGACUCGUUCGUCAUGUUGGCAAAUCGAACGACGUCGAGCUUGCUGAUGAGCAGAAGAAGGACUCGAGUGUUGCUGUGAUGGUCGAGGGACCGUUCGGGGUCGUUCCAAACAUUCAAGAAGCCACUGAAUUGGUUCUGGUGGCAGGAGGUAUUGCUAUCACGUUCUGCUGGCCGCUCUUUGUUGCUGCUGCAAAGGCGCGUGACAAUUCCAAGCUCAACUCCUGCAAGCUGAUCUGGAUUGUUCGAAAUCAAAGCACGCUGAUGAUUCUUCAAGAGGCUUUCGACAAGUUGAUCAAUGAGCUACAGGUCGAUGAUGGCCUAAAAGGCUGUCAACUUUCAGUCGACAUCUACGUGACCUCAAACGAGCAGAGGGCACAGAUUGAACCAAUCUCGGGUACCACAUCGUCAGAUGCCAAGUCGACGCCUCACUCCUCGCGUUCGUCUUCAUCCCUUUCAAUCAAGGAGAAGACACCUCACGGCUCAGAAUCGCAAAUAGGCGAAACUUCGAUUCCUUCCGGCGAGUCUAUCGGCGAGGUCGCAGAGCUGCCGAGGCUGUCUACUCAGAGGCAGCUCUGCGAUAUUAAAGCCCAGGGAUAUUCCAUCUCUGAUGGAACAAGCCAUGAUCCAGUCCAGGUUAGAUACUUUGGCGGUCGCCCUGCAGACUUGCCCACUGCUUUGUUUGGACACUUGGAAGAAAAGACGCUGCUAGACAGCAGGGGGCUGACAGUAGGUCUCUGUGGUCCAGCGAGCCUGUGCGACGAUGUCAGGUUCGAAACGGUCAGUCUGCUCAAACGAGGCAUCCACGUCGAUUUGAUGGAGGAUUGCUUCACUUGGUAA